AUGAAAGCGGCAGGAUGGCCAAACCGGCUCCACGCGCAACUUUCCUCUGCCUUUGUCCUCUUCCUCCACCCUACCCCCACCCCUGCACACAGCACCGCGCGUACGUCCCCACACACAGUGCUACGCACGGUUAUAAACAAAUACACGUGUAAGUCUCCUUCCGGACGCGGGGCGCCAGUCGUCGUGGCAGACGCCGGGCAAAACACCUCCCGCCGCAACCGCUGGCCCCACGGUGGUCAGGGCACGCGACGACAUGCCCAGCGAGGCGAGGCGCCCAUCCACGCAGGCGACGGCAUCGCGUAUGACGGCGUGAGUGCAAAACUCAUGCAGGAUUGCCGCGGUCUCGCACAUCCUCGAUGGAGUCCGCCUCGCCGCCGUCAUCGUGGACCCCCCCCCCUCCUACUCACACUCCCGCCCGCACUCCUCGCCGGCUUCUGCUGCUGCUGCUUCGCCCGCCCCUCAUCGCUGGAGUUUGCGGAUGUCGCCACGCGGAGCCUCCUGAAAGCGUCGCUCUGCAGCAACCGCUGGUCCAAGAUGUUCUCCCAUGACAGCUGCAUCUUCUGUGGCCGAAGCGCCGCGGGGUGCUGCGGCAUUGACAAGUUCCGCAUGUCCGGAGGCUUUCAGAGCAAGACGGCAGCUACCGCCCCUCUUGCGUUUGUCAAUCUCCAACAGCCGCUGGUGCUCCCCGGCGUACGCAGGGACGCCGGUAGAGUCCGCCUCGGUCAUGCGAAGUCUGCUACCGCCCGCGCCGCGUGCUCAUAG